AGUACUACUCCUCCAAUAAAGAACACAGAUAUCAAAUUCCAUUCUUUAACCUUCCCUACAACCUCUGUCCGCGAUUUCUUCCCCUUCCUUGCAGCAUAUACCACACACCUCACCAUCUUUUAUCUUUUGGUGUCCUCUCACUCCUUCCUCUUUCUCUCUCCAGAACAGGCACCCCAAAUUUAAACAACGCAGGCAGCAGGGAGGAAAAAGAAAAGGAAAACCGGGUUUAAAAGGAGCAGCAGCUGCUGCCCCGGGCGGAGAGGAAGGCGAGGAGCGCGGCGAGGAGAGGAGAGCGGAGGCGAGGAGUCGGCGGUGCCGAGACAGCGGAAGAGAUCGUCCAAAAAGGGCCAGCAGACGGAUGGCUUCGUCGUCGCUGCCGGCGCCAUCGGGCUCGGUGAUCACCGUGGCAUCGUCGUCUUCGUCAGCUGCGGCGGCGGCUCUGUGCGGCACGGGCUCGCCGUGCGCGGCGUGCAAGUUCCUGCGCCGCAAGUGCCAGCCCGACUGCGUGUUCGCGCCCUACUUCCCGCCGGACAACCCGCAGAAGUUCGUGCACGUGCACCGCGUCUUCGGCGCAAGCAACGUGACCAAGCUGCUGAACGAGCUCCACCCGUUCCAACGCGAGGACGCCGUGAACUCGCUCGCCUACGAGGCCGAUAUGCGCCUCCGUGACCCCAUCUACGGCUGCGUCGGUGUCAUCUCCAUCCUCCAGCACAACCUCCGCCAGCUCCAGCAGGACCUCGCCCGCGUCAAGUACGAGCUCUCCAAGUAUCAGGCGGCGGCGGCGGCUUCUGCGUCGACGGGGCCGAACGGGCCGCAAGCGAUGGCAGAGUUCAUCGGCAACGCGAUGCCGAACGGCGCGCACAACUUCAUCAACAUUGGCCACUCGGCGGGGCUCGGCUCUAUCGGAGGCUCUCCCAUCUUCGGGCAAGAGCAGUUCGCCAACGCGCAGAUGCUAUCCAGGAGCUACGACAGCGAGCCCAUCGCGAGGCUAGGGAUCAACGGUGGAUACGAGUUCGGGUACUCGACUACGAUGGGCGGAGCCGGGCCUGUUUCCGGCCUCGGAACGCUCGGCGUUAGCCCGUUCUUGAAGUCCGGCACCGCCGGCGGCGACGAGAAGCCCAGCGCUGGGCAGUAGGCGGUCGUCAGUGCGAUCGAUCAAUCUUGUCAGGUUACUGACUUGAAGAAAAAAAAAAUCCAUGAAGUUGAUCUGAAGACUACGUGGCGUGCGAGUGAUCCUAAAUGUCCAUCGUUAGAAGGGUUAAUUUUCAGUCGAUUUUACAUGAAGAGUGCAUGUUUAUGUUGUUUACUUGUUUGUCAAUGCUUCUCUCUUCGUUCCAUCUACGAGACUAUCGAACAUUUCAUAUGUCUGUUGUUGCUGUACCGCAAGCAUGCAUGCUUGUCCCGGACUUUUACCACUCGGACGGCUAGCUAGCUCCGUUUCUUACCA